AUGCAGACAAAGAUGAAACGAAUGACUGCGCAAAUGAAAUCUCGCUUAGAAAAUCUUGAACGGCAAAGGGCAGUUGCCCCCACAGCACCACCAAGUGAGAAUGGACACUCAUCACAGAUGGAAAUUGAUGCUGCUCUAGGGGAUGCCCUCAUGUAUGACGGAGAGCCGCCAUCAUAUGCAGAGUCUGAAGCCAAUGCCGAAGAGAUAAUCUGCAUUCAGGAAGGAGUGCAGAUCUAUUUUCUCAACUCCAAAGGGCAUGUCAGUGCUCCCAGUGCUCCAGGUCCACUCAGAAUAUUUAAGUUUCUAAAUCAGGAGACUGCAGAGGGUGCUGCAUAUCAGGUAGAUCAGCCACCUGCCUUUAUACAGGUUUGUGAUUGGGUCUACCCUCUGGUUCCCGGCCAAUCCCCAGCACUGAAGAGUUUAGAUGGAUCUUAUCUUUUCCCAGAUGUUAAUGCACCUGAACAGGGAUCGUAUGUUGGGUUGAUUUUAUCAACGGAUGUGAAACGCAAUCAGAUAGAGACGUUUGAAAAGAUGUUGGUUUCAUUGGCUGCCGUUGGAGUACAGAGGCGGGGCAAGACACCAACUCCAAUGAGACCGCCCCCACCACAGACACGACCACUGAGUGCUACAAGCAGUAGACCAGAAAGAACAUCAAGACCACCACAGACGGUUACGAUGCAGCCCACACCACAAACAUCAGACCGUGAGAGACCACCUGCAUAUGUUGCAUCUAGUACAAGUUCUCAGGCUAGACGAACAGUUGCUGAUGAUGAGGAAGAGGAGGAGUCAGAAAGCCUGGAAGAAGAUGAUCUGCCACAGUGGAGUAAAACUAUAUCACAUGGCGUUAUCAAAGGUGCUGAAUGGAUUUCAUGGGGACUUGGUAAAGGGGCAGAGGUGACAGGUAAAUGGGUGCAUAAGGGGGCUGCCAAGUUAAGAGAGCAGUUACAACCAAAUGAACAACCGACUGAAGUUGAUCCAAAAUAUCAGAAAGGAUUGGAGUAUGCCAAACAAGCGACAGGUGUUGCUGUGAAGGUGAGUGGGUUUUUGGUUGAUGUACUCUGUGAUGUCACAAAGAAGAUUGGUAACGAGGUCGGCCCUGUCAUCAGACGAGAGGGGGAGAAAUAUAUACCUGAUAAUUGGAAGAGCUCCAGUGAUGCUGAAAGUAGUGAUAGAGUAGAUGGCGCCAUUCAUGUUGCAGCCUCUGGAUUCAGAGGUUUUGGUACUGUGUUCCUUGGUCUAGAAAAAGCUGCUAAACAUUUAGCAAAAAAUAUAUCAGAAGCAACAGUUGAAACCGUAGACUACAAGUAUGGAUGGGAAGCUGCUCAUGCUACAGACACUGGACUUAACGCUGGAUUGAAUGUUGGAGUUACUGCUUUUAACUUCAAGCAGUUGGGGAUAAAGGCCAUUGCCAAGAGAACAGCAAAAGAUGCAGGCUCUGCUGUUGCGAAAGACUAUGUGGCGGAAAGAGAAAAAUACAAAGUCACCAAAAACGAGAAACAAACUGCAGUUGAUGAUGACUAUGAUAAUGAUUGUGACACUAAAUCUAUCAGUAAAAAUGGCUGUGUGAAAUUCUCUGAUUUGAAAGAUGAUUAAUAGAGGGCGCUAUGACAUAUUCUAUUUAUUGGGACAAGUUUGUUCUGAGGCUAUGAGGACCUACCAGUGAUAAGGGACCUCUUAAAGACAAAUAAAACAGAGCAUCAAAACCAAAGGAUUUCUUUGAUUGUAAAGAACUUGUUCAAUCUUGAAAUAUCUCAUAACAUUUUGAUCAGCUAAAAUUAUAUUUCCUAAUUUAUUGUUCCUAGUUUUUAUUAAUAAUAAAUUAUGAUUUGGUCAGCUAGACAAGACAAUGCUGCAAGUUAUGCUCCAGUCGGCUCGACAAGACCAUAUUGUGAUUCAGUCAGCUGGACAAGACCAUGACAAGACUAAGUUUCAAGUUAUGACUCGGACAGCUGAACAAGACCGUGACAAGACUGAGUUUCAAGUUACGACUCGGACAGCUGAACAAGACAAACUAUGUUGCAGGUUAUGAUUAGUAAUCUGGACAAGACCACAACACUACCAUGUAAAUACACAUUGUACGAUAAAAAUCGUGCUGUUUAUAUCGCCAGUAUAAACAAUAAAGAAAGUGUAAAUAUUUAAACAAAA